UAUAUUGGAUCGAUAAAUCCGCUGGCCACACUGGUGCGGCUACUAAUUUAAAAUAAAUAAAUGUUAUAAAACAAAGGAAACCGGCAUGAAAUUCGUGAUAGACAGCAUCACCAAGAACAGUGGACGUCUGGGCCAGCUGCACAUAAAGGAUGGAGCACCGGAGCAGCGGACACCGCUGCUCAUGCAAACAACAAAAGGCGGCAGUAUUCCGUAUCUUUCCGGCGACGUCUUUGAGAGCCAUGUGACUAGGAAACAACAGGUGCUGCAGCUCACCCUGUCUACCAUCGACCAAAUGACGGAGGCGCUGGCCCAGUGGAACAGUGCAGAGCGUGGACUGAGCGAUUAUGUAGGAUUUCCCGGACACUUAAACGUGCUACUGCUGCGGGAUCCUUGCGAGAUGACGCCCGCAGGGGGAAACGACCGGGACAUACAGCCGUUGUUCACGCGCCGCGGCAAGGAGUCUCUUUCGCCCCAGCGAUACAUGGAAAUGGUGGCUAGCCUCAGGCCAGACAUAUACCAGGGGCUCUGCGACGCCGACACCAAUGAGCUGAGCGCCAAGAAACGCGUUCAGAAAUCCGUGGAUCGCACCGAAAAGUUCAUGCACUACAUCUACGAGCACAAGAGCAAAGUGGAUUCUGCCCUGCUGGCCCCCAUUGUGGGGGGCUACAACACCUUUGCGCGGACGCAGUCUAUCAAACAUGCCCGCGAACAGCCAUCAGGCAGCUAUGGCGGCUACAUCUUCGAGGGAUUCCACACGAAUGGCUUGACUGCCACCACACUGGACGCGUCCAAGCUGCUGCCCAUUGUCGAGCAUUGUGUUGGGCAGCUGGAGGAGGACAAGCCGCGAAUGGUUCCGGGUGCCUAUACACCAUUGACCACGUUGGAGCUUAUCGGACUGGGCAUGGAUCUGUUCGACACCUCCUAUGCCUAUUGUGCUGCAGUAAACUUUAAGGCCUUGACGUUUACCUUUGUCCCGGAUGACGUCGUGCACAUACCCUUCCUAGACAUAACAGACGAUGCAAACAAGGAAGAUUUCACGCCACUGCUGAAGAGUUGCGACUGCCUGACCUGCCGGAAGCACACGCGUGCCUACGUCCAUCAUCUGUACAAGACCAACGAACUGCUGGGCCCCAUUCUACUGAUGGUCCACAAUCUGCACCAUUACAUGUCCUUCUUUGCGGCUAUAAGGGAGAGCAUAGCGAGGGAUGGCCUGCCGCAGCUGACGGAGCUGGUUAGGCGGCAGAACGGCGACUCCCAGGUGGACUAUGGCAUCGCACCGAACAGCAAAGUGAUUAACAAAGCAACAAUGGGCAAAGGAUUCGCCGCAGCUGCCGUGUGACGUAAAUAAGGAGUAGAUUUAGCGUAAAUAAAUAGCCUCUUGGCCUUUAUUUGCAUCCGUUUCAUAACGUUAAAGGCUGA